AUGGGCUUCUUCGCAACCUACCUCCCUCUACGCUUGGCCUACGACUCCGGCCACGUCUUCAAUGAAACCCUUAGCGCCACCAAGGAACAGAUGCGCUCCGCUCUCCUCCACAGCGCUGUCCCAUUACCCGUCAUCCUCGAUCGCCUCGGCCUGCCCACUACUCCCUGUGCCAACGACCCCUCCUCUCAGGCACCCCUCUUCCAGGCCAUUUUCGACUACAAGCAAGGCCAGACAGAAAGCGGAAGCAUUGGUGAGGCAAAGAUGAUUGAAACUGACAUUCCUCGAGCUGGCACUCCGUACGAUAUCACGCUGCAGAUGGGGGAUGAUCCGAGCAAAGGAGAGCCGUUGAUUACGGUGAAGCUGAGGAAGGAACGUUAUGGGCCUGGAGCCGCUGAGGUGGUAAUGCAGGGAUAUCUGUCCAUCCUGAAUACCUUUGCGAGGAACCCCGUCCUCAGAGUUACGGACGCCACGUUGGAUCAGGGAGCCAAAGCCAGGGCUUGA